AUGAGUCGCUUGGUAAAUUGUGAUCAUCUAUUACCUUACAUAUGCCAAUUGAAAUCUAUUGUCUUGUCAUUGUUAUGUGAUCAUACUCGAAUGAAAUGUGUGGACUCAUCGAUCGCGUUUCAAUACAUUUCGUGUCCAGUUCGAUUCAUCGAGGAACUCCAGCUUCAACAUCCGUGCCAUUCGUUGGUCAUUCAAACGUUACAUACAUUCCAUACGAAAUAUGACGGAUGUUCAUGUAAAACUUUGCUGUUCUUUCUCACAGCAUUUUUUAAUCAUCUGCAACCAGUAUUCGAUGGGAAUAAUCAACUAAUUUCGAAGAGAAUCUUCAAUCAUUUGGACAAAUUGAUUAGUCAAUCGAUAUCAGUGGCCAAAACUCAAUUUACCGAGAAUCUACUAUUGACUCCUCAGAUCAUCUCACGUAUCUGUCGGCAUCAAACGAUAUACUCAGAGAGUCUCUAUCAAGCCUAUGUACAUUUACUUUCCAAAAACCAAUCCAUAUCUCAGACAGAUUUAAUCACAUAUUUCGAUAAUCUUCAUCAUCUGACACGUGUGAAACAUAUAAAUGAGAAGUGUUUAUUUAUGCCUGGUACAUUACUUCAAAUAAACAAACCGAUCGACGGAUAUCGACGAACCGUAUGCAUCGAUGGACAUAUUCUCGAAGAUUACGCUCAUCUAGGUUAUAACAAUAAACUCAAACUCAAACAAAUCUCUUCCACAUCAUCAUGGCUGCACUUAAUCUUAUCAAUAUUGAAACAAUAUUCUAUCGAAAGCAUUAUCUGUUCAGGAACUAUCGAUCAGAAGUUGAAAGAUAUCGAAAGUAACGAUCGAAUUUUCAUCGAAAAUAUUCCCGUCAAAACAUUACGCUUUAUUGGACAGAAUUCUCUCAUCAGUUAUUUAACUGAUGUAGAUCAUGAACAUAUAUUGUCACUGAAUUACAUGUCAUGUCCUGAUGAUGCUUCGUUAACAAUGAUCGACAAAGGUGCAACAAUUGUUCAGUAUGUUCCAUUAGAUAGUUUAAUUGAUGUUAAACACGAACAAUUUCUCCAUUGUUUAUCUCGAUUUCGGCAAAUUCUACGACGGAGUUUUUACUUGAAUGGCUCAGGUCAAUUCGAAGAUCAGCUGUGUAAAUAUUGGUACGAUCGACAAGAGAAUUCGUCUCAAGAAAAUCAUCUCGCUCAUGAAUGUUUUCUCGAAUGUCUACAACAGUAUAUCAAAGAGAUUACGAAUCGUCGAGAUUGUUUUCAGUCUGAUAUGAUCGAUGAUUUCGAUUCGAAAUUUGAUGCUUGGAGAACAAGUUUAGAAUUAGUGAAUGUCUUAACGCAGAUCGAUCAUGUCGUUGAAAUCGUUACUGAUGAUCAAUCGAGUGAUAUCUAG